GUUGAAUAUGUUGCUGUUUCGAUUCCUCGAGAAAGGAACAAGAUAUCUCUAUUCCAUAUCUAACCACAAUUUUCGAAGGAAUCUGCGAACCGAUUGGUCGCAACUUUCCUUCGUAGGUAAAGACCAAUGAUCAAAAUGUAAAUGAAACGUCAGGGAAAAGAUGCGUGAGACGCAAGAACGAGUGGUUACGGCUGGAAGGUGGGGGGAAUAAGAAGAAGAAGAAGAAGAAGAAGAAGAAGACCGCUUGUUUUCCUUAGCAUAGAGUGAGACGUGAUUGUCAAAGAGAAAAAUUCAAAGAAAGGAAAAUAAGCUGGAACACGUGAACUGCAGUUAGUGUAUCCGCCGAACAGCAUUGUCUUCGAUGCGAGAGCAGCUCUUGUCGCAACGAUCCACAAGAAAUGUUCGAAAUUUUCAAAGUUCAAUUUAAAGGGUAUUCGAGAAUUCUAUUCUCGUGAACAAUGACACGAUCCGCACGGAUCGAAUUGCAUCGGAGAUUCCACGGUGCAUACAUGAUUACGAAAAGUGUUGCAAUAAUGUUACUUUAUCUUACCCGGUUGUCGGUACAGUACGCAUACAACGACACAGACUCGAGAGAAAAAUUUGUACGAAACUGUUGUUUUGGUGAUUCCCAUGACAUAGCCGAAUAUCGGUGCGACUCAUUCAGAGAUUCAAACGUUACAUGGUCGGCAAAAUCGAACGAUACGUUCGACAACCUGUUCGGAACACCAUGUUGUAUGAUCUGCGUCGAAAGAGGAUUCGAAGAGGAAGUUGGAUUGGAACAAUCGAGACACGAACAAGAGUCGUCGAGCGUUGCAGCAGAACCGAGUAAAAAUCGUUCUUGUUUCGAGUCGUGUACCUUUUCAAAUGACGGAAUAAUUCGCGUUUGGGAAGAAAGAAAGCGGACAGGAAAUAUCAGCGUCGACGAUAUCGCAAUCAAUGUGGGUAGCGGCGACGAGAACGACGACGAGGACGACGAUUACUAUCGUCGGGACAACGACACAAACAAAAACGAUACGCGUCGAUGGCAUUGCGAUAGCGUGUUCACUUCGUUAAACUUCUGGGGUGCCAAUAUUGUGGUAUUCGCAAAUACGAUAUACAUUGUUCCGUACGCGAUAGUAGUGAUCGUUUAUUUCCUCGUGCCGGGCUUGGGCGCGCGAGCGUACGACAAAGCUGUAAUGUGUUAUAAUAUUACGCAAAUUCUUUUGAAUGGAAUUCUCAUUAGUAUGGGAUCCUGCAUUCUAUGCCACGUGCCGUUACAUCCGGAUGUUUACACGUUCGUAGGAUUAUCUCUAAUGUUUCUAACGAUAUCCUCGACAUGUUGGCUUUUCGUCAUUUGUAUCGACAUGACGUUGACGAUCACGAGAUUUCGUUGGGCGUCGCAGAUCGAUUCGAAUCAUCAUCAUCGAGAGAAAAUGAAAUUUUUCACGUACGCCGGCUGGACGUUGGGAGGAUCGUUGCUGCCAACGGCAUUGGCUUGCAUUGCAGAAUUAUCUCCGAUAUUGGCUGAAUCGUCUUCGAUCAGACCGAAUUUCAAAAAAUUUCAACAACGCCCAAACUUGUCCGUGAUACUGUACGUUACUACUUUUCCGAUUUUAACCUGCUUCGCGAACACUAUCCUCUUUUGCUAUACGUCGUACAGGAUGUGCAUGAUACAAAAGUCGACAAAGUUGGCGACUGAGAAUAGUACGACGUAUAAUGGGACGUUCAAAGUGAGUAAGGCCAGGAAACGAUACUUUCUUUUCCUCAGGCUCUAUCUAUUGAUGGAUGCACCGUGGAUUACGAACGCGUUAGCCGCCGCGUUUACCGAUCUUUGGCUGUUGAAAUUUUUACGAAUGAUCCAACCGAUUCUCAUGCUGUUGGCAAUUUUACCUCCGCAUACGAUAACACGCGUUUGCGGUUGUUGUAAUCGCAGUCGUAAUCGAGAUCGCAGUCGCGAUCGCGAUUGCCAACUUCGGGAAGCGAUCCCUGCUUCGAGGAUCGUCGAAACUCCUUGAAAACUACUCGAGUUCGUUGUUCAUCCGUCGUUUAUGGUCAAGAGUAACAAGUUGGUUGUUUCACAUAAAUGUCAGGAUAUUGCCGGUAUUCUACCACUUGGACACAUGAACAGUGGGGCGUAUCUAUGUAUCAUUAUGGAAAAG